CUUAUUAUCUACUUUUAAAUAUAUAUAUUUACUAUAUCUACUUAUACACUUAAUAUAAAAGUAGUUAAAUUUCUCCUAUCAAAAUAGUUAAUUCAUUGUUACAUUUAUUAUUCUCCUCUAAAUUUCAUUGCAUUGUUACAUUUAAUGUCUAGUUAAAAUUUCUCCUAUUGAACUAGUUAAUUGUUAUUUAUAUUGAAGUUGUUCAAAUUUUAUAAUAAAAGUUAAUUUAAUUGGUACAUUUUAAUUGUUACAUUGUAGUCAAUUUAAUUGUUCGAAUUUAAUUGUUACAUUGUAGUUCGAUUUGUUAGAUUUGUAUUUGAAAUUCACUAGUUUAAUUGUACUUCGAAUUUAAUAUUUGUUAUAUUUUUAAGAUGGAACGUGGUAGAGCUUCAGUAGAUAUGGGUAACCUCCGCCGCAACCGAACAAAGGAGAUUGCGAGGAAUCAUCCAAGCUUGCACAAAGGUAAGGGACGGGCCGAGGCUUCAUCUCAAACCCGAGAUGAUUUUGAUGCGGAUUAUAACCAAAGAUAUGGGUCUGCGAUGUCCGAUGAGCAAGUAGAACAACUAUUACGACAAAAUCAAGGGGCCUUCUUCCAUCAACAAAACAUCCCGACCAUUGACGAAGAAGAGCUCGAGGAUGAUGAUGCGGAGGAGAGGGAUCCGCAAACGGUCGAGCACGAGGUUCAUGGCACACCGUACGAUGAUGAAGAGCAAGCGGAAGUGGCUACUUCUUCCCAAGGCGGUGAGAAAGCUGUAUCAGUCUUUAAGGCAAAUUUUACAAAAUUUAAAGACCCCCAAACCGAGAUAUGGUACGCCACUUGCAAGCAUUGCCCAAAGAAGUAUAACUUGGGAACUUCUGGAGGGUACGGGAGCGCCACAAGGCAUCUUAAGGCCAAGCACCCGGCGGAAUAUGCGAAAUCAGACAAAGGCAAGGGAAAGCAAACACAAAUUUCAAGAUUUGGAAGUGGCCAACCCUUCGGUAAUUUCUCCUAUGAUGAUCAAAGACAUUUGACUGGUAUGUCGCAUUUGAUUGUUGAAGAAAAUUUGCCUUUUAUUUUUUCCGAAAGUCUUGCUUUAAAAGAAUAUGCUCAAGGUACUUUAAAUCCUCAAUUUCGAAACUAUAGUCGCAAAACAAUUAAAAAAGAAGUUAUAAGGCAAUAUGUUUUGGAAAAGGAAAAAUUACAAAUAUUUUUCGCAAACUUUGAUGGCCGUGUUAGCAUAUGUAGUGAUAUAUGGGAGGAUACUCAUCAUCAUUUAUAUUAUUUGGGUUUGACUGCACAUUAUAUUGAUGAUGAUUGGUGUAUGCAUAAACGUGUUCUUGCUUUUCGUGAAUUUAAUGAUCGACACAUCGGCGAUAAUAUUUAUAUUCUCAUUGAGCGUAUUUUAGUUGAGUAUAAUUUGAUUGAUAAGGUGUUUGCUAUUGGUUUUGAUAAUGCUACUAAUAAUACUGCGGCUAUUCCUAGAUUGCG